AUGAGUCCCAGCAAUAUUAGCUAUCUCAUGAAGGAGGAUGGUGAUUGGACAACUAGCAGCGAAGAAACUCUAGAGCUUCUAGUACAGACGCACUUUCCGGGUUGCCUCCACAGUAGAGUCACAAAUACCCGUAUCAUAGGCAACCAUGAUGACAUUCCAGCGAAUAUCAUUACCGAGGGGAACAUAAAGCAUGGCAUUAGCAGCUUCCAACCGUUCAAAUCUCCGGGACCAGACGGCAUUAUUCCCGCUGACCUAGAGCAUACAGCAGAUAUGAUUGCACCCAUACGACUUAAUUAUAUACCCCACAAAUGGGAGGAGGUUCAAAAUUAUUUGCUACAAAAGGGUUUACCAACCAAAGCUAUCCUAUUGCUUGAUAACGCCCCUAGCCAUCCGCCAGAAGAUGAACUUAAAAUUGCUGAUGGCUCAAUAUUCGUGGUUUAUAAGCCUCCAAAUUUAACGCCUUUUAUUCAGCAUAUGGAUCAAAAUGUGAUUCGCUUAACUAAGCUGUACUACAAAAAACAUCUGCUGUUAUUAGCUGUAGGAAAAGAUGACAUCACACAAUUUUUAAAAACUUUAACUUUUGAAGAUGCUGUAUCAUUUUUAAUGUUUGUUUGGAAUCAGCUGAAGGCACGUGUAACAGCGAAAUGUUGGAAGCCUUUAUUAGAAUGUUUCAAUGCCACAGAGCCAAAUGAAAGCGAGGAUGAAGACGAUGAUGUUCCUCUGAGCUUACUUCGCCAAAAAAUAUUGCAGGAAAAAUAUAAAGAAAUCGAUGAUAUACCGGGUCUGCUGCAAGUUGUAAUACCGAAGGAAACCUACACUGAAAAUGAUAUCUAA